CGCCAGGCGGGGCCCGCCAUGGAGCAGACGGAGCCGCCGACGGUGGGCAUCACCAAGAUCUUCCCCACCAACGUCUACCCCGUCGGCCACAUCCUCGAGUACCCGGACUCGUACUGGAACGACAGCAACCGCAAGCGCAUCACUGCCGAGGAGCAGCGCGAGCGCGACCGUCUGGCGCAGCAGGAGGAGGGCGCCGACUUCAACCACGCGCGCCGUGCCGGCGAGGUGCACCGCCAGGUGCGCCAGUACGCUCGCCGCGCCAUCAAGCCCGGAAUGAGCAUGACGGAGAUUGCCAACCUCAUCGAGGACACGAGCCGCACCAUCAACGAGGCGCACGGCUUCGACUCGGGCAUCGGCUUCCCGACGGGUCUGAGUCUCAACGAGGUGGCGGCGCACUACACGCCCAACGCAGGCGACAAGCGCAUUCUGCAGACCGGCGACGUGCUCAAGGUCGACAUUGGCGUGCACGCCUCGGGGCGCAUCGUCGACAGCGCCUUCACGCUGACGUUUGAGGAGAACAGCAUCUGGCAGCCGCUCGUCAAGGCCUCGCAGUCGGCCACCAAUGCCGGCAUCCGUGCCGCGGGUGUCGACGCGCGCCUGGGCGAGAUCGGCGCCAUCAUCCAGGAGACGAUGGAGAGCUACGAGGUUGAGAUCAAGGGUCACCUGCAGAAGAUUCGCGUGGUCAAGAACCUCAACGGCCACAACAUCGAGCGCUACCGCAUCCACGGCGGCAAGUCGGUGCCGUGCGUGGCGAUGCCCGACUACCCGCAGAAGAUGGACGAGGGCGAGUAUUUUGCCAUCGAGACGUUCGGCUCCACGGGCCGCGGCUACGUCGAGGACAAGGGCGCCUGCUCGCACUACUCGCGCAACCCGGGCAAGGUGCCGCCGAUGCGCGUGCCCUCGGCGCGCAGCCUGCUCAAGACGAUUGACACCGAGUUCGGCACCCUGCCGUUCUGCCGCCGCUACCUCGACCGCGUCGGCGAGAAGGACUACCUGCUCGGCCUGCGCUACCUCGCCCAGUCGGGCAUCGUCGUCGAAUACCCGCCGCUGGCCGACAGCCCGCGCGACGCCAACCAGUCCAUCGACGACGUGCGCACGUCACAACACGAGGAGACGAUCCGCAUCGGCGCCAGCAACGUCGAGGUGCUCUCGCACGGCAUCGACUACCCCGCCUUCUGAGC